GCCUUUUUCAGCACUUUCACUGCUCCGGACACGUCAGCUACGUAGGACAACCCAUUGCGCAGUUCGCACCAUCGUCGCUCUCUGCUAUCAUUGUCGUCGUUUUCACCAUGUUGUCACGCAACGGUAAUCGCGGCAAGAAGAGGGACAGUUCAAGUUGUGAAGGGGACACACCUGUGGCCGUCAAGAAAGGACGGCAUGUGGCGAAGAACAAAAAGGCUCUUGCAGAGGGCCCUUCGAAGGGAAGUGGCGCGAGGGAUGACGAAUGGGUUAGGGAUUCCGAUGGCGCCGACAAUGACGAGGACUUCGUGUCUGACACCGAAGUGGAAACCGUCAGACAAGCGUUUUGGAACGAGACGGAGGGCAAUGGACUCUUCAAGCUGAUCCAGGAAGCGCAACUGUAUUUGCCGGCCAUCGCCAGAGGAGUCUCCACUCCCGAGAUCCAUCGAAGUAUAGCCCUCCCUCACUCAAGCAUCCCGCAACACAAAAUCGAUGACGAGUUGCAGCUGAAGGUGGCGAAAGACCGGGCCAUCAAAGUGCAAAGCAUCGCCUUAUGUGUCAUCCAUGGAUGGAUCUUCAAGUCCGCGAGUCACUCACGGGGCUACCACUCCACAUAUGGGUACAUGCUGAACCACGUGGCGGCGGACAUCGCCCGCAUCAUGUGGCUUGGAGAGGACAGGCGCACGCGUGUCAUCCCCGCUGUCAACCACAUCACACUGGAGAUGGACAUGAAGCUCCACGUUUGGUUCGUCGACGUACACAUCGAGAACAGGCACGAGGAUGACGAGUUGGCAUGCUAUCAAGAGGCGACCUUGCAGCACCUGGUGGGCGCCUUCACUAGCGCUGUCGGUCUGGGCAAGGGGAUUGACGGUUCGUGCAUCUCCUACGACAGGCUAAGGAACAUCGUCGAGGCUAUGAGGGUUCUACUCGUGGUGUCAAUGUGGCUAAUGAGGAUGAGCGGGGAUGAUUUGCGUUCCCAUUUCGAUGCAUGAUCCAUGUUCGUCCAACUCACCACGAAGCAGACACUUGCGGUGACCAUGCA